AUGGCUGAUGAGGAGAAGCACGUCGUGGACGCCACCCCCCAGGUGGCUCCCGUCGAUGAAUACGCCUCCGCCCAGAACGAGUAUGUUGACCGACCCAAUGGAUGGAUCUACAAGGGCUACAAGGUCUUUGGCCGUGAGAUCUACUACGCCUCACCCAGAGUCCAGCUGUUGCUGGUUGCCCUGGUGUGUUUCCUCUGCCCCGGCAUGUACAACUCUCUGAGUGGUCUGGGAGGUGGUGGUCAAGUCGACCCCAAGGCCCAGGACCACUCGUCCGUCGCUCUGUACUCUACCUUUGCCGUCGUUGGUUUCUUCUCUGGCACCUUUGCCAACCGUCUCGGUCUCCGUCUCACUAUCGGAAUUGGUGGUCUUGGUUACUGCAUCUACAGCGCCUCUUUCCUCAGCUACAACCACAACAAGAACAUUGGCUUCGUCAUCUUUGCCGGUGCUUUCCUGGGUGUGUGCGCCGGUCUGCUCUGGACUGCUCAGGGUGCUGUCAUGAUGGCUUAUCCUCCCGAGAACAAGAAGGGUCGAUACAUUUCUACCUUUUGGAUCAUUUUCAACCUGGGUGCCGUCAUUGGCUCUCUGAUCCCCCUGGCUCAGAACAUCCAGAACCACACUGGUACUGUCAGCGAUGGCACCUAUGCUGCUUUCAUCGUUCUCAUGUUCCUCGGUUUGAUUGUUGCCUUCUUCUUGCUGGAUGCCGACAAGGUCAUUCGUGAGGAUGGCACCAAGGUUGUCCUGAUGAAGAACCCUUCGUGGCAGUCUGAGUUUAUUGGUCUGUGGCAGACCAUCUCCGGCUCUCCCUGGGUUCUUCUUCUGUUUCCCAUGUUCUUCGCCUCCAACAUCUUCUACACCUACCAGAACAACGACAUGAACGCUGCUGCUUUCAACAUCCGUACUCGAUCCCUCAACAACCUGCUGUACUGGCUCGCCCAGAUCAUCGGCGCUGUCAUCAACGGCUACGCUCUGGAUUACACUGGCAUUGGCCGUGCCAUGCGCGCCAAGCUGUCCUUUGCCUUCCUCUUCGUCCUCACCUUUGUCAUCUGGGGCGGUGGUUAUGCUUGGCAGAAGAUGCAGCCCACUCGUGACGUGGUCUCGCAGCCCAACUACGAGCCAAACAAGGUUGACUGGACCGAUGGCGGCCACCUUUUCCUCGGACCCAUGUUCCUGUACUUCUUCUACGGAUUCUACGAUGCCAUCUGGCAGACCAACAUCUACUGGUGGAUGGGAUCAUUGUCCAACUCUGGCCGCAAGGCUGCCAACUUGGCUGGUUUCUACAAGGGUUUCCAGUCCGCUGGUGCUGCCAUCUUCUGGCGUCUCGACGCUAUCAACACCCCUUACAGCACCAUGUUCGGCGCCACCUGGGGUGUUCUCGCCGGAUCCCUGAUCAUCGCCGCACCCGUUGUCUUCUUGAAGAUCAAGGACCACGUUUCGAUUGAAGAGGAUCUGAAGUUCAGUGACGAGACAAUCGAGGAUGUCGUCGUUGGUGCCAACAAGCAGGUGGAGGUAUAA